AUGGCGUGCACAGCUCCUCUCUUGCCUGAAGAGGGUGCUUCGAAGUCUCAUAUUGUCAACUUCAGCGUGGAGCUGCAAGCCACGAAGCAGGAGGGCACCGAAGAAGAGGUUCUUUGUGUGAAAAGCACCUUUCUGGACAUGGGGGAUGGGCUCAGCCUCAAGAAGCGAUUCCGAACCUUCCGCAAGGCCUCUACUGACGGCAACUUGGACGAUGGAGAGGGCCCGGAGGUCUACGAGCCAGGUAUCUUUUCAUCGGAGUUGGCCGAGGAAGCGUGCGCUGGAGUUACAGAGAAGGAUCGCUGCUCGGAGGACUCAACGACCAAGACUUGGGCGACUGCACCGACGACGCCGUCGACACCCUCUGGGACAGAGGAUGGCAGCGAACCUGAGACCCCAGAGAAGUGCGAAGAGGAGCAGGGAGCAUGGUCGGAGCAGGCUUCCGUGCGAAGGAGGCCACGCACAACUGUGAUGAUGCGAAACCUGCCAAACAAUUAUACCAGGUCCAUGCUUCUUCAGCUUCUUGAUUCGCACGACUUCGCUGGGCAGUACGACUUCCUCUACCUCCCGAUUGACUUCACUCGUAAGGCCAACCUGGGCUACGCCUUCGUUAACCUUGUUAGCGAGGAAGCAGUUGCGGCUUUUUGGAAGCUGUUCGAUGGUUUCAGUGCAUGGUCCUUCCCUUCCUCAAAGGUGUGCGAGGUGUCGUGGAGCGGCCCAAAGCAAGGGUUCAAGGCCCACGUGGACCGCUACAAGAACAGCCCGGUGAUGCACAAGAGUGUCCCCGAUGAGUACAAGCCGAUGAUUUUCGUCAAUGGUGUCCGCAAGAAGUUUCCUGCUCCGACAAUCCGAAUUCAGCACCCGAAGAAGGUGCGAUCGACCUUCGUGGACUUGAAAGAGGGCCAGAGUCUGACUGAGAUUUGGCGCCAGCUGCGCCCGUGCAAAUCGGACCGGGGUUCGGGGGGAGAGCCAGAGAUCUUGGACUCGAUGAUGCUUGAUCCAAUCACUUUGUCAAGCCUCACUUUGCCGCUCGUCCUGGAGGAGUCGGACCUGUUCAACCCAGCGGAGGAGAAGUCAUACACACCAGGCAAGUUCAGUGACGAACAGGCCAUCCUCAAGGACGUCACAGGUGGCGCUGUGGUAACGCCUAAGUCGUUUCAAACCAAGGGCGUUCACGCGGUCUUCAAUGGCUAUGACAGACCGCAGAGCAACCUGCAGAGAAGUGAUCAGUGGACGUGCCUCCUGCGACAUCGGGGCAUGUCGUCUCCCUUCACGGUCUUUGCUUGGAACCAGAGCCGGAUCGGCAGUCACACCUCCUUUUUGUCUCCCCUCAGCCUCUUGUCUCCCCUUGACGAGAAGAAGAACCACACCUUCGGUCGCAGCACCGUGAUGAUGCGGAAUGUGCCGAACAACUAUACCAGGGAGAUGUUGCUGAGCAUGCUGAAUGUCCAUGGUCUCGAAGGGAAGUAUGACUUCGUAUAUCUGCCGCAUGAUUUCGACCGCAGCGCCAACCUGGGAUACGCCUUCGUGAACUUGGUCAGCGAUGACCGCACCUCAGGUGGCUACUUAGACAAGCUGCAUGUGAGGGGCUCUCAGGAAGCCGUGCGCGCGUUCUGGGAGAGCUUUGAUGGAUUCAAGCGGUGGUCGCUUCCCAGUGCCAAGGCAAAGACGGCUGAGAGCGCUCUGUUUUCUGGGUCAUUGGGUGACGGUUCUCUUCAGCUGUUGGAGCCCCGAGAGGUGUGCCGUGUGAGCUGGAGCGGACCGCAUCAAGGACUUGCAGCCCACGUGGAGCGCUACCGGAACAGCCCGGUAAUGCACAGGAGCGUGCCUGAUGAAUACAGGCCGGUCGUCUUCACUGACGGAGUCCGCCAGCCGUUCCCAUGCCCCACUCGCAAGGCAGCCCUAGAAGAGUACUGGUGUGUAGUGGCGCAGUCAAUCUGGGCCGACGACUUGGGCAUCGGCGUGACAGCACACGCAAGGCUAGGGGCGGCUGCGCGGAUGGGACCUAUUGAGAUCUAUUGGGUCCCACAGCAACAGCCGAUCGAACCGUGCAUGAUGGGAGCAGCAGUAAUGGUGCACAUCUACAGCCCUUUAUGUGUUAGGAGCACAUUCCUCGACCUGGAUGAUGGCAAAGACUGCCGACGGCUGUACCGUGAGCUGCGCAAAGCCAAAACGGAGUCCGACAUCGACCUGCUGAUGGAGACCGAAGUCUACCAUCCGGGCAAGUUCAGCGAUGAGCGAAUGGAAUCCCAGGAGACCUCGGAUCGGGACUGCCCGGAAGUGACCAGUGCCGUUGCUGGGGUCGAAGAGGAAGACGUCGAGCGGAAGACGACCGUCAUGCUGCGAAACCUGCCGUUGAACUACAGCAGGGACAUGUUGUUGACCCUUCUGGACAAGCUCGGCUUCUCUGGCUGCUACGACUUUGCGUACCUGCCAUGCGACUUCGAGCGACGAGCAAAUCUGGGAUAUGCUUUUGUCAAUUUGGUAGAUGAGGAGACAGCUUCCAGAUUCUGGCAGAUCUUAGACGGAUUCUCCACUUGGGCCUUGCCUUCGGCAAAGGUGUGCCGCGUGAGCUGGAGUGGACCGCACCAGGGCCUAGCAGCCCACGUUGAGCGAGCGUCCCGGACGAAUACCAACCAGUUGUUUUCGCUGCUGGUGUUCGCCAACCCUUUCCGGCACCAACGCGCAAGCUUCGCCCUCCUGGAAAGGGGAGUCGUGGGUCUAACAUGUGCAGAGCAGGUCAUGCAGUUCCUGCAGGGUCACGGACAGUCCACAUUUUUGGUUUCUUUUGACCAGAUGCGUGCCAGCAUUGCAGCAUGGUCAAAGUUGAAGUUUUCAGGCUUGCAGUUUGACGAAACGGCACCCCUAGUGAGAGCGGGUGAAGCUGAAAACAAAGGAAUUGUCCAAUCGGAACAUGCAGUUCCGCAAGUCUUUGAGCCACAUGGGCCACAUCUGAAAAUCAAAUUCGUUUGCUUUGUCUGCCGACCGGCGACAAUGGUCUCGGCCCGUGAGUGGCGAGCACUGGCGAGCAUGAGAAACUGUGAGGAGCUCUGGAGGAAACUUGAGGUGCUGUCUCAGCCGGAGGCCAAGAAAUGCCUGCCACAUGCCAGGAACAAACUUUUUGUGAAACAUCUGCCAAUCGAUACGUUGGAGCCCCCACAGAGAUCCGAGGCAGCGAAGGCUGAUGAGGUCAGCGAGGUCGAAACAACCCCAGGCAGCUCGCCGAGGAGACUCGCGGAGGUAGAACCAGACGAGCAGCAGGAGGACGAGACCCCAAGCCGCCAUGUGAUUGUCAAGGGCACCUUCAUUGAGCUGACAGACGGCUCAAGCAUGAUGCAGCGGUAUAAGAAGAUCCGCAAGCUGAAGACGGACUCCGUCCUAGCUGAGUGUGACAGCGAGACUUGGCAAGAUGGAGAUAGACUUGUGGAGCCGGAGAUUGUUAUUUCGGAGCUGGACCGGCGUCCCUUGCCGGAGGCCUCCGCAGUAAUGCGCAUGCAUGUUAUUGUCAAGUCAGAGCGGGCGGCGCAGUCGCCCAUCCCGCCAGUGAUCGAGUCGCCUCCCCGAAAGGUGGCGCAGCCUAGCCGGGAAACGCAGUCGGGACGGACAACCGUGAUGUUGAGGAAUAUCCCAAACAACUACACAAGGCAGAUGUUUUUGCAGCUGCUGUCGGAGACUGGAUUCCACGCCCGUUACGACUUUGUUUACCUGCCAUGCGAUUUCCAGCGCGACUCAAAUCUGGGCUACGCCUUCAUCAACCUCGUAGACUCCGAAUCUGUGGAGGCAUUUUGGAACGCCUUUGAGGGCUUCUCGUCCUGGGCCAUCCCAACAGCAAAGGUUGGCCAGGUAACCUGGAGUGGCCCUCACCAAGGCUUCGAAGCACACGUGGAACGGUACCGGAACAGCCCAGUCAUGCACAGGAGUGUGCCGGAAGAGUACAAGCCCCUGAUCUUCAUGCACGGUGAGCAGGUUCCCUUCCCCCCGCCGACGAGGAGGCUGAAGGCUCCGACCAAGAACACACGCUAG